UAUUGGAGAAAGAACUGAUCUUGAAAGAAAGGGAAACUCUUGAUGUGUUGAAAGAAUUGGAAAGUAUCAAAAAGCUUGUUGAAGAAUUGAAAUCAAAGAUACAGAAGGAACAGUUUGAAGUGAACUUGAAUCUUCAGCUUGGCGAAUGUGAUAGAAAAUCAGUUGUUGAAGAGAAUGAAGAAAAGGAAAACCAGAUGAGUCAAUUGAAUGUUCUUCAACAUUUCAGACAAGGUUUUUCUUCCCAUCUUCCAUCUGUGUCGGGUUUAAUAUUACAGGAAUUGAAGCAUGCCAAGUUGAAUUUAACCAGAACUACUGUUGAUCUCGCUGAUGUCCAAACUUCUGUCGAAUCUCUAAAUAAGAAGUUAGAGAAGGAAAGAAUCUCACUUGAGAAAACGCGUGAGAGGUUAGCUCAAAAUACUUCAAAAAUAUCUUCUCCUAAGGAAGAGCUAAACCAUACCAGAUUAAGGCUGCUAAUAGCAAAAGGGGUUGAAAUUAAAGAUGCUUCAGAUGAUCCUUCGGUUAUUACUAGAGAGCUCCAGCGAUUGAGUUUUGAGGCCGAGAAUUUCAAAAUAAUGGGAGAAUCUGCAAAAGUAGAAGUUCUGAGAACAAUGUCUGAGAUUGAACAGACAAAAACCAUGAUAAGAACGGCUAAAAUCAGAUUGGUUGCUGCCAGGAAAAUGAAAGAAGUUGCAGAAGCUUUUGCCCUUGUAGAAAUUAACGCAUUAUCUAAUAAUGAAAAUGAGAGUUUACCUGAAAAUCAUAUUAUUCUUUCAUUUAAAGAGUAUAUCGUUCUGACAUGCAAAGCCCAUGAUGCAGAGGAACAAUCUAGGAAGAGAGUUACAAAUGCAAUGCUUGAAGUUGAUGAAACAAAUUUGUCAAACGUGAACAUUUUGAAAAGGGUAGAAGAAGCUAAAGAGGAAGUUAAAACCAGCAAGAAGGCCCUUUUGCAAUGA